AUGCCAGCUAACGCUGAAGAAGAGGAUGCCCUUCCAGUAGAGGGGGCACCAGUUGAGCCAAUCACUGCAUCCAAGAAGAGGAGGAACAAGAAGAACAAGAAUAAGGCGGCAGUCGCCGAGGAGCACAAACAGGAGGGGACGACCACACCUGAGGGGGAGCAGAACUCUCCUGUUAAUGGAGCUGAGGAGGGCGAGGGAGCUGCCAACAAGAAGAAGCGCAACAAGAAGCGUGGCCAUGGUGCUAAGAAGCUCCCUACGCACGUCCUCCCAGCCCAGGACAACUCGGCUCUUAGGUGCCUGGGAGACUGGAAAGAGAUCACGACGGCCCAGACCUCCCCGCCGACGGUUCAGAUAGAAAAACUGUUCCCGAAAAAGUCGUUCCCUCUUGGAGAAAUACAGGAAUACACUGGUUCGCUUAACAACGUGGCUGCUCAUUACAGUCCUAAUUAUGGUGACACUACUGUAUUGAAGGAGGGCGAUAUCUGCAAACUCGACUUCGGAACGCAGGUUGGAGGUCGUAUCGCAGAUUGCGCUUUCACCAUUGCAUUCGACCCGAAGUUCGAUCCCUUGAUCGAGGCAACCAAAGAAGGAACUAGAGCUGGUGUCAAUUUCGCUGGUAUAGACGCGAGAUUCUCCGAGAUUGGUGAGGUCAUUCAGGAGGCUAUAGAGAGUUAUGAGUUCCUCGAAAGGGAUGGUGCCGAGGCUAUCCCCAUCAAAGCCAUCGAAAACCUGAGCGGGCACUCGCUGGGCAAAUACCAGAUGCAUGGUGGACAGGGUGUACCCAUCGUCAAAAACGACGAGCCAGGAUGCAUGGAGGAAGGCCAAUUCUAUGCCGUCGAAACCUUCGCGAGCACUGGUCGGGGCUACUGUAUAGAGGAGGGUGAAUGCAGCCAUUACAUGCGGACCUUCGAUUUGGACUCACAUGCUGCUUCCCAACAGCUCCGACUUAAGGGAGCUAGGGGCCUCCUUCACACUAUCAACAAAUACUUCAGUACACUACCUUGGUGCCGUCGUUGGCUCGAUGAUUGCGGCGCUACGAGGCAUCUACUGUCAUUGAAAUCGCUGGUCGAUAACGACGUUGUUGUACCCUAUCCUCCACUUGUCGAUAUCAAGGGAAGUUACUCCAGUCAAUCUGAGCAUAGUAUCAUCCUGAGAAGCACAUGUAAGGAGGUAGUCACUAGAGGUGAUGACUAUUAACUCCCUCACUAGAAGC